AUGACUGAGGAACGACUGGUGACUGAAGUGCCCAGCAGUUUGAAACAACUUGCGAGGCUCGUUGUAAGAGGCUUUUAUACUAUUGAGGAUGCCUUAAUCGUGGACAUGUUGGUUAGAAAUCCCUGUAUGAAAGAAGAUGAUAUUUGUGAAUUGUUAAAAUUUGAACGAAAAAUGUUAAGGGCAAGAAUAGCUACUUUAAAAAAUGACAAAUUUAUUCAAGUCCGAUUAAAAAUGGAAACUGGUCUUGAUGGCAAAGCGCAAAAAGUAAAUUAUUAUUUCAUAAACUACAAAACUUUCGUGAAUGUGGUUAAGUACAAGUUGGACUUGAUGCGCAAGCGCAUGGAAACGGAAGAGCGCGAUGCUACAAGUCGAGCCAGUUUUAAAUGUCCGGCAUGCAGUAAGACAUUUACAGAUCUUGAGGCGGAUCAAUUAUACGAUAUGAUGACUCAAGAAUUCCGAUGUACGUUUUGCAACCAAGUCGUAGAAGAGGAUCAAUCAGCGCUACCGAAGAAGGAUUCCAGAUUAUUAUUGGCUAAAUUCAACGAACAGCUGGAAACACUGUACAUAUUGUUAAGGGAAGUGGAAGGCAUCAAACUGGCACCCGAAAUAUUAGAACCAGAACCAGUCGAUAUCAACACAAUCAGAGGUUUGAACACAAAACAAGUCGGCAACCGCUUGCCGGGCGAGCAGUGGUCGGGCGAGGCCACGCGCGGGCUGGGCCUGGCGGUGGAGGAGACGCGCGUGGACGUCACCAUCGGGGACGGCGGCGCCGCGGCGGACGCCGGCGCCGCGCGCAAGGAGCGGCCCGUGUGGAUGGUGGAGAGCACCAUUGUUAAUGACGACCAGGGCGAGGGCGCGCACGGCGCGGACGCGGCGCUGGAGCGCGCGGCGAGCGGCGCCGCGCCCGCCAGGCCCGCCGCCAGGGACAAGGCCGACGACAUCAUGUCCGUGCUGCUGGCGCACGAGAAACAGAGCACUGGUACUAACGCUAAUAGCAUACUGAAGGGAACGGAGCCUGAUAGUUCAGAUUCAAGCGAUAACGAAUCAAAGGACCCGUACAAGCUUAAAGAUGAAAUGGCCGCAGUCGCGGAAAUGGAGAGCUCGUCGUCGUCGUCGUCGGAGGGCGCGCCGGCGGUGCUGGUGCGCGGCGCGCCGCUGCCGCUGGCCGCCGUGGACGACGCCGCCAUCGCGCGCAUGUCGCCCGCCGAGAAGGAGGCCUACAUACAGCUCUACCAGGAGUACUACAGCCACAUGUACGAC